UUCAAGAUGGCGCUGGACUGUGGCUGGAAUGCCGCCGCUGCAGCCAGACGCUGAGGGAUUUAAUUAAUCUUCUGCUCGGCGGCGACGUAAACUUCGAAAGACGGAGUAAAUAUUAUUGUUUUAUACACCAGAAAAUAACAUGUUACAUCCGGUGGGUGUCAGGUAACGCUGAAGUAUCCCUGGCUAAAAUGGUAGCCCCUUCCUCCAGGAACAACAAAACCUGCUGCUGCUGCUGCGGAGCUCGGCCGACGGGGCAGGACUCGUUGCAGGAUUUUACGUCCGGGGCCGAGGCUCGCUUGGCGGACUGAGUGGUCAUGGAAACCACGGAGGAGAACCGAGGGUCGUUUGCCGUCGACUUGAACGAGAACGAAGAAGGGAGAGGAGGAGGAGGGGGGGGAGGAGGAGGAGGGGGAAAAGCGGCUCUUAAAUCUUACAUCGCACUCAAAGACCACAGCGCAGCGCUGCUAGCCGGUGUCAGCGGGUGUCAGGAAGCUGGGAAGGGUCAUAUUUAUGUGACCGGUAACGGGAGGAAUGUAAACAGAGACGCGUCGGUACAGCCGCCCCCACACCAGAGGGAGAUCAUGUUGGAUCUGGUCGCGGCGGAGAAGUACCUCCCCGGCCAGUUGACUGACAGCUGUGUGAUUUCAGGGGUUUGCGGCGACCACGGCGGCCUGAACGGAUUCACUGAGUCAUUCAGUCAGGAGGAGCCGACAAUGGUCGGGCUGGAAGAAGAAGGAGGAGGAGAAGGGGAAGGAGGAGGGCUCUGCCUCGCAGGAACCACAGCAGCUUCCUGUCCAGCUGUGAUCCUGAAUCGGGUUUCAGCAGAGACGAGCCGAGAGAUGCGGCAGCACCCUGCGGGCAAGAGCGAAGGGGAAACUCCGGAUUCUGGCGACGUUAGCCCGGGAGAAGAGUCGGCUGACGGCGGCGCAGUCACCGGCUGUAACAGGACUUCUCUCUCCCUCGAUGGGCUGCAAUGCACGGGGAAGCACCAGCCGAACUGUGCUUGCACCGCGACGGCCCCCUCCUGUCCAGAUGUAAACAUGCCCAACGGGGAUGUUGACAGCCCAGGGUACGAGGCGGAUUACUGUAAACAGACAGGGGUGUUUCCCACUCCGUUGCUGGGCCAGAGACUCGGUAUAUGCGACGUGGAAGGUGAGGAAGUGAAAGUAGCCAACGGUGGUUUACACAUUGUCAACACCGCAAGUUCAACAUGUGACUGGCCCGACUCGGACCCCGAAAGCAACACCGACAUUCAUUGCGACCUGGGUGCAGGGCAAGAAAACGGGGCCGGGUCGGGGUUUUGUCUGAGGAGCCAAAGCGACUGCAGCGGGACAUUGGUCGCUCAGUGCCCGGGUAGGGAUGCACCAGCUGCGGCAGAGCUCCCUCCCUUCCUCGGUCCCCCCACCCCGGUCCCGUCCAACGACCCCCCCGCCCUAGAAUCAAGUGCCAAACUCCCCUCACCUAGCGGGAAGUGUGACAGCCCGCUGUCUGAACCCACCAUCAGGGAGGAUGAGGAGGAUUUCAGUGACCUUAGUUUACCCAUCAGGCCGCACAGUUUGAGAACUAACCCCAACCUCGCAGUGUCCCUCAGCUGUGAUGCCACUCCGUUGUCCCCCAAUGAUGAUGGGGGCUUUUAUUUUGGAGACGAGGGGUAUGAAGAGGACUUUCGGAACGUAAUGGAAGCGGGUCGCAGGCAGAGCGCACCGGACAAGUUGCCAGACCUGACCGAACACACAGACAGCUCGGACCCCAAGCUGAUGCCAAAGAGGUUCGGCAUCGCUGAUUUCUUCACCAGGAGCCUGUUUUCUAGGAAAUCCAAAGAGCCCAAGGCGCUGUCCCAUAAUGCAACGGGGUGGCGACUGUUUGGCAAGACAGCAGCCAGAGAGGGCGAUCCAACUAAAGACCCUGCCUCCACAUUGUCCACGCAACAGUGUCCACAUGAGGAGGAGGAGGAGGAGGAAGAGGAGGAGGAGAAGGACUCAGGUGUGUCCUCGUGUCCUCAGCUCCCCCCGGGCGCAGGGAGGAGGAAGAACCUGGAGUUUGAGCCACUUUCCACCACAGCUCUCAUCCUGGAGGACCGGCCAGCGAACCUACCCGCCAAGUCUCUGGAGGAAACCCAGAGACACAAAAUGGAGUACGAGGAGAUGGUGGCAGGAGCCAAGAGGAGAGAGAUGAAGGAAGCCCAGAGGAAGAAGCGUCAGAUGAAGGAGAGACACAGACAGGAGGACAGCAUCUCCAACGCCAUGGUCAUCUGGAACUCCGAGAUCCUGCCACACUGGGACACCAUGAAGGGAACGAGGCGGGUCAGGGAACUCUGGUGGCAGGGACUUCCUCCCAGUGUCAGAGGAAGGGUGUGGAGCCUCGCCAUCGGCAACGAGCUCAACAUCACACCAGAGCUGUAUGAGAUCUUCCUGUCCCGAGCCAAAGAGAAGUGGAGGAGUUACAGCGAAACUAGUUCAGUCAACGACAGUGAGAGUGAAGGGGCGUCUCUGGCUGACAGAGAGUCCAGUCUGGACCUCAUCAAACUGGACAUUUCUAGAACCUUUCCCUCUCUCUUCAUCUUCCAGAAGGGCGGUCCCUACCACGACCUCCUCCACAGUGUACUGGGGGCUUACACAUGUUACAGACCAGACAUUGGCUACGUCCAGGGCAUGUCAUUCAUCGCUGCUGUGCUCAUCCUUAACCUGGAGGAGGCCGAAGCCUUCAUCACCUUCGCCAACCUGCUCAAUAAACCCUGUCAGAUGGCCUUCUUCAGAGUCGACCACGAGCUGAUGUUGAAGUAUUUUGCAGCCUUUGAGGUUUUCUUUGAGGAGAAUCUGCCUCGUCUCUUCAGCCACUUCCAAACCAACAACCUGACCCCCGACCUCUAUCUCAUCGACUGGAUCUUCACUCUGUACAGUAAGUCCCUCCCUCUGGACGUGGCGUGUCGGGUGUGGGACGUCUUCUGCCGGGACGGAGAAGAGAGCUUGUUUCGGACGGGACUGGGUAUCCUGCGUCUGUUCGAGGAUGUCCUGCUCCAGAUGGACUUCAUCCACAUCGCUCAGUUCCUAACCCGCCUGCCGGAGGACCUGCAGUCACACACACUCUUCACCGCCAUGGCCAACACGCACAUGAUCAGCAGAAACCGCCGCUGGGCUCAGGUGUUUUCUGCAUUGAUGAAGGAUGGAAAUAAAGAGGUGGACAAAAACAACAGCCCGGCUUUGAGAAGCUAACACUAGCUAACCUUGACGCUAAUGCCAACAUUCUUCAAACUUGAACUCAGCCGCGAACGUCAUGACCGUCGGAGGUAAACGCUAGCUCGCCACGUCAGCACUUAAGCUAACAACGGAGGCUAGCUGUGAAGCUUGAAGCUACGUAGCCCGAAGCUCUCCCUCCAGAGGCUUAGCUACGGAGCUUGAAGUGAGCACGAGCCAGCCAGGAAGGUGGGAGCUGACGUUAGUGGCUGAACGAGCCUCAAACAAACACGAGCUGAGCUGAGAUGAGACGAGACGUGCAGGAGAAGGAAGAAGCGGCUCCGGCGUUUCCCGAAAUCUGUGUUGGAACCAGAACGGGAAACCAGAGCGGUUGGUUACUUUCUAAACUCCAACAGCCAUUGUCAGUAUUUCACCAGACAGAUUACACUUGUGGAGAAGCGACUGGUUGUUUCUGCAGCAGUGUCACUAUUGUACCAGCCGACCAAACCUGGAAAAUUCAAACUGACUUUCAGAUAACAUUAUGUGUUAUAUCCCCAGGCCAGCUGGGAGGGAAAGCCCAAAGUCCAUGUUGGGACACAAACACCACUACACUAACACUGAGCAUUAUGCCCUGUGUAAUUCUCAAAGACUCAAAUUCUAAUUUUCGGUGCUAAUGAUUUUCUAAAGGCUUAAAAAAAAAAAAAAGACCUCUGUGGUUUAAACGUUAAUGUAGGGUCCUUGUGGUUUUGACUUCACACUAUUAUUCAUUUGCUGCAUUUUUAGCUUGAACCAGGCCUCUGGAUCUAAAACUGGUGGGAAUCUGUAGUAGCAUGGCUGAUGCUAAUAUCCCUGGUUGUAGCUGAGAAAUCAGCCUCCCCUCCUAGCUUAUCAUAUUUUUACAUCUAGACAAAAGAACAAACAAACAAUGGGACGUUUGGAAGCAAAACUCAAGGGGAAAAAGGCGCGGACAUAAUAAUUUUGUACAUUGUAGUCUUUCUAAUCAUUACGUAGGACUAAAAUAAUAAUACACAUCUCAUUAGUGAUCCUAAAUAAGUUCAUGCAGACUGUGAGUAAUUAUUUUGUGAUUUUUAUGCUUUAUAGGAAAUUAAUUAUUAAACGGUCCGCUGGGCUCAAGAAGUCUUUCCUACAUGUAUUAAAUAAUUUCAAAAUGUCCUGAAAUCCUGAAUACAAAAAUGUGACGGUGAAUAUAGAAGUUCACCGUCACUGCUGGUGUUUAACCGGACAGAUUAUUUUCAGAUGAUUUAGAGUAAAAAGUAAAACAUCUGGUCUGUAUCCCGUUUACCACAGUUAGCGACUCGUCAACAUGAAUUCAUGAAAUGUGGAUUUAUAUCCAAAUGGUCAAAAUUCUCCGUACAAAUCUUUACUGAGCCAAAUGUAGAAGUGUUGGACCAUUGCAGUUCUUAAUCAGUGUUUCAGAGAUCCAGAUUUACCCUCAGAGCACUUUAGAAAUGCAGCACUGAAGCUACAUCAUGAACCCUGGCUGCCAGAGGUGCAAGAUACUUUCAAACUAAUUUAACGGGGCAUUAAGUGACUCAUUGUUGUCCGUCAGUGGUUAGAGGGAAUUAAACUAGACCGCCAUGGUUUCCCGUAGGGUAGAUUAGAUAGUAACACAUAGGCAUCACGCAGAACGCAGCAACACUACUGGCUUGGCUUUCAGCUUUUACUAGUUUCUGCUUGAGAAUGAAGCUUUUUAUUCUUUGCAUUCUUCUCGCUCGUUUCAUCGUCUGUGAAAAUGCAAAAAGAAACUUCAGCAAUAGACUGAAAUUGAAAUCUCUGAACAGCUCUCGUACACACAGCAUUUCCAUAUGAGGAAGUAAAAGGUUUAGUAUUUUUCCCCUGGGAGAUUGCUUAUGUACUUGAUUCUAACACCAGAAUAUCUUCCUCUAGAACUUCAGAUUGUGACUAAAGGUAACUCCUCCCAUGUUUCCUCUGUUGUUAUGUUCUGUUGACAGUCUGCUGACUUUUUUUCACAUCCCAAUAUGCUGCCCCCACUGUUUAUUGGCGUAACUGCAAAUUGAACUCAAGUUAAAGCAAUUAGCCAAUGAAAAAAUUAAUUGACUAACAGUUAUUUUUAAUAAUUAUGCAAACAUUCUCUGAAUCCAGCUUCUUAAAUGUUUUUCUGCUUCUGUUUAUAUUAUAUUAUUGUAAAUUGACUUGAUUUUUGAUUUUACACUGCUGGAUGGAUAGAACAUGUCCAGACAUCAUGCUGGGUUCUGGGACAUUUAUAAAAAUAUUUUCUGACAUUUUUAUAGUGAAAACAAUUAAGGCUGCGAAUUACGAUUAUUGUCGUUAUCGAUUCAUCUGCUGAUUGUUUGCUCUAAAAAUGUCAGGAAAGUUAUGAAAAAUGUCUGACAAUUUCCCAAAGCACCAACAAACAGUCCAAAGCCCAAAGAUGUUUAGUUUACUGUCAUAGAAGUCUAAAAAACAGUAAAUAUUCCCAUUUGAGAGGUUGGAAACAGAACAUUUUUGCUUAAAAACAAUGAAUUCAUUUUCAGAAUAAUUGCAGAUUAAUUGUCUUUAGAGCUGAAACAAUUUGUUGAUUUACAGAAAACGUGUUCCAUUAAUUGAGAAAACUGCCAAAUGUAAUGAUAAUGAAAAUAAUAAGUUUUAUGCAGAUAAGUCGCAUUAACUCCUAAGCACGCACACAUCCAGCACUCCGAAUGAACAAAGGAUGCUUCUAUCGUGCACACAGAUGUUGUCAUUGAAAGCAACAAAGAUCAGCCUGUGCUUGAAGCCCAGAGUGAUUCCCUGUAUGAGUGAUCUCAAUCUGGAUUAUAAUCCAGUAGACACAGUACGUCGCCCUGUCAGGGCCUGUUGUGGCCUGUUGAAGUGCUUUACGUCACCUCUGUCUCUGUCACUUUGUGUUUUAACACUCCUUUGAUUUACACACACUAUAAAUGUAACCUUCACCUCCAUUUCAUCCCUACCUCUCGAUAACACACACACACACACACACACACACACACACACACAACUAAUGAUACUUUCCACUUACCCACCAGCAGAUGCGCGGGCCUUAUAAAUGUGGACCAACAGCCGCUUUGUAGUGUUAAAGCAGAAAAUUCACUGUAGACAGCAGGCAACCCUGGAGGAAGAGAGAGGAAGAGGAGGUGGUAGAAAGAAACAAGAGACACAAGGGGAGACACAAGGUGAAAGCUCAAACAGAGAAAGAGCAACAGGACAGCGAUUGCUGUUGCUGCUGUUGUGUAGAGCCAUAAAAUGGAAAUACUUUGAGAAGAGUUUGAGCAAAGGCAGCGAGAGGUGUCGAGCGUCAGAAUGAUCGAGGAGAGACAGUUAGACCUUUUCCUCCAGGUUGCUUCUUCUCUGGUGAUUUUUUCUGCAUCUUACCAGUGUUACACACCAAAUGACUCCAUAAGUAGGGGUUUGUUGCACAUGAACCGACCAGAAGCCAGUAUGCAAGAGUGCAAGAUGACAAACGAGUUAGUGUUGUUUUAGGGGGACAAACUCACCAUCCAACUGUAUUGUAGGUGUUUGUAUGAACUGCCAAACGCUGUGUUCAUUGUAGAAGUGCUGUAGAUUCAGUGGAGGUGAUACUUAACUAAAAAUAUUAUUUUACACUAAAUGUAAAAUGUUAUCUGUCUCAGCCAUUUAGGAAGUUAACUGAGGAAGUUGACUAAAGUGUUAAUGGAGCACUUGGCAAUAAAGAUAGAGACUGGGAAUUAAUUCAGGUUAUAAAUACAUUUUCCCCAGAUGGAGUCAGCGAUUACAGCCGUUCCAAGCAGCAUGGUUUCAUACAGUUACAGUCCCAUUAACUCUAAAGUCACAUAAUAAAAACAUGCAUCAGCCAACGCAUGUUCUUCAAGUCUACGGACAAUUGAACAAGAGGCCUACACUGGUUCCUCAGUUAGAAACUGCACUAUCUGCUCUAUUCAGCUUCUCAGGGCGACUGAGGUUAUUGCUGAUAGAUAAUAACUACCACAUUCUGCAAACUUUCAGAACACCUCCAGUUGGUCUACACACUUCAGUUCCUUUCAUAAUGAAUCAUAGAAGGCAAGAUGAAAGAAAUUAGCACUUUGUGAACAUUUUUUGUUUUUGCAGGUACACUAAUUACAAGAUGCUCAAUAAUGAACUUGCAAUAAUGCAGAGAAACAAAUCUUUUUCCAUUAAGGUGAUUUCUCAUUAUUACUAACAUCAGUUUGCAGGUAAUAGUUAAUUAACAGGUUUCAUUGCCAGGGUUCCAUCUUAAAUCUUUUUUUAACUUCAAUAACAAAACUCCAAACACAAAUCAGAUGGACUAAUGUGACCAACGUGUGGUUCAUUUUUGUAUGAAAACACUUUCUGAAUCCCUAUUCUCAACACAUCUGUGAGUUUGGGGCAACACAAGUUUACAGUGAAGUAAAUGAAGAGCGUAUUUUAUUCUAGAGGGGUAAUAACCUUUUAUCUCCAAACUGUCAACAGCCUGGUCUGUUACAGCCUGAUGGACUGUUGAUGGAUCCUGAGAAGGUUUCCUUAAAUUGAGAAUGGAAAUGGACAAAGUUGGAGUUACAUGGUUCUUAGAUAGCAAUAUCUAUUUGCCACCCAAAAAUCCUCAUGUUGACAACAUUGAAUUUAACAAGUAACUCUGAAUUUUAAUAACAAACAAUUUCUGAUUUUAAAUUGGUUUUGUCUCUGUUUGGAACGUGUAAAGUUGUGGGUGAAACACCUGCAUGUUUUAAUAGCAACAAGGCCUUUUUUUAUAUGACAGAUAUUUUUAAAUUGAGCCUGUAGAUUGUUAUGGGUUUGUUCCAGUAUUAUGUACACAAUACACUAUUUGUUGUCACGUCAGUUAAUUGCAAAUAUUCUGUUUGUGCAAAACAGUUUUUACCAUAAUGCUUAACGAAAAACAAAGUCAAAUCAAAUUCAAUUAUUAUAGUGUUACAGCAAAUUAUGAAUUAAAGCUGCAGUAGGUAAGUUUUAUAAAAAUAGAUUUUUGUCAUAUUUGCUGAAACUUUCACUAUAUCCUGACAGUAGUACACGAGACAGAUAAUCUGUGAAACAGUCAGGUUCCUCUGACUCCUCCUAGUGCUCCUAAUGGCAUCUGCAAGAAUCCACCAGGCCUGAAUGAAAACAACCAAUCUGAGCUGAGUGUUAGCCGAAAGUUACCUACUGCAGCUUUAAACAUGCAAGGAAAAAACAUUUUGAUGUUUUCAGACUGUAUUGAUGGGCGGUAAUGAUGGUAAACAUCAGCUGCUGUCGAUGCAUAUUUAACGUUGAGAAGUAAGAAGAUGUGUAACCCCAAAUAGACACACAGAUGUGUUGAAGCUGAAAGAGGAUAUUAUCUGUGUGUCUGUACUCGUUCACUCUGUUAGACUCCUCAGUUUGGAUAUAAAAGUGCAAUAUGGUCUUGGGUUUAGGCAGGAGAUACAUUGACUCACUCCAGAUUAUUGAUGAACUACUCAGACAGCUGCAGAGGGAGGACGAGAUUAAUGUGAUAUCCCCCCAUAUGUUCCAUGUAUUCAUUAUAUUUAAGUUCCCACAUUGAUUAAGUUGUAUUUUUUACUUUAAUGUAAAUUCAUUUAGAUUUGUUUUUUGUUUUAUGUGUGUUUUCUUGUUUUCUUGUCAAAUUUCAGUGUACAGUUUUUUUCAUAAUGCCUUACAGGUGAUGUAAAUAAACUGUAAAAAUGUUUGUUCUUUUCAUAUAAUGGCCACUAGUCAAAUGUGUAAAUAAAUAUCUCAAGCAAA